UCCGGAAUGGUGAGAGCGUGAUUCUAUUACAACGAAGACUAGGACGUCUGCAGUCGCGUUGCAAACGUCGCACGAGGAUGGAGCGCUGGGCCGGAAAGAUCGCCGUGGUCACAGGAGCCAGCGCCGGAAUCGGCGCAGCGAUUGCACAAAGUCUCGUCCGUGAAGGUAUGAUAGUGGCGGGUUUUGCGAGGAGAGUGGAGAACAUCAAACAAAUCGCCGACAGCUUGGAGGAUUUCUCGGGAAAGCUUUAUCCCAUUGAAUGCGAUGUCACCAAAGAGGAGAGCGUGGUCACGGCUUUCGCAUGGGUGAAAGAUAAUGUGGGGCCGAUAAAUGUUCUUGUGAACAGCGCCGGCAUCACCAAGGAGUCCUCGCUCGUAGAUGGUACCUUGGAGGAAUGGCGGUCUGUGUUCGACGUGAAUGUUCUGGGACUCUGUUUGUGCACGCGUGAGGCUGUGCGCAUGAUGCGAGAGACGAGCGAGGACUCGCUCGUGAUUCACGUGAACAGUCUGGCUGGAGAGAGAAUACCCUUCGUGCCAGGUUUCAGCGCGUAUCCGGCAUCGAAGCGUGCCGUUACCGGCCUCGCGCAAUCCUUGCGGCACGAGCUGGCGGGCACGCGUAUACGCGUCACGAGUAUCAGCCCCGGCUUGGUCGCGACGGAGUUCAUGGCCUCCUAUAGCAUGUUCUCCGAGGAAGCGAUGAUGGCGAUGCCGACAUUGAAUCCAGAUGAUGUCGCGGCAGCAGCGAUUUAUGUGCUGUCUAAUCCUCCACACGUUCUAGUGCAGGACAGCAACAUGGAUCGUCUGCUCAACAAAAUCGUCCUCGUCACCGGCGCCAGCGUUGGCAUCGGCAGAGCAAUCGUGGAGGAGUUGGUCACGAAGGGAGUUAAGGUCAUCGGCAUCAGUCGUGAAUUGGACAAGCUGAACAUCCUCAUGGAAGAACUGAAGGGCAAGCCUGGUAAAUUCUAUCCUCUUCAAUGCGACAUGUCUGUUCAAAGCGAGAUUGAACGCGCGAUAUUGUGGAUCGAGAAAACUGUGGGCGGUGUCGAUAUUCUGAUAAACAACGCCGCCAUCAAUAUCGAUUCGUCUUGCAUUAACGGUGGAAUAGAGGAGUUCAAGAAGACUCUCGACAUCAACGUGCUCGGCUUGACGUGCAUUACCAAGGAGAUUCUGAAAUUGAUGAAGCGCAAGGGGAUCGACAACGGCUGCAUCGUUAAUAUCAACGACGUAUGCGGCCUGAAGUGUUUGCUGGCCUCCGAUCGUCCCAUCUCGCCGGCAUAUACUUGCAGCAAGUACGCGCUGACCGCGUUGACUGAGUGUCUUCGUUUGGAAUUGGCGCAGAACGAGUCUAACAUCAAAGUGAUCAACAUUUGCCCGGGUUUGGUGGAGACCGACAUGACCCUGCAGUGGCUAAAGGAGAACCCACGAUUGAGCCUGAAGCCGAAGGAAGUGGCAGAUGUGAUUAUUUACACGCUGUUGACUCCGGAAACUGUACUCAUUAAGGACCUCGUCAUCACGCCCAUCCGAGAAAUCAUUUAAACGAACGUCGGAGGCUGGAAAGCCCCAUCUGUCUACGGAGAAUAUUGUGUAACUUAAAACAGACUCUUUCUUGUGACUAAUCGAAUAAAGCAUCUGCAUUUUUUUUUUCGAACUCAUCGUUGUCAAUUUCCAUUCGACGAAUAAACUGGUUUCUACCGUA